GCCUCUGUGGCAUUGUCUGCCUGCAAGCCCAAAGCCCUCUCCGUAAGUGUUGUGUACUCCGGAUGGAGCGAACCCCUGCCCCAUGAGGAAGCUCCCGCUGGCCCUUUGAUGUCGCCGCGGUUUUUUCCACUGUGUCAGUGUCGCAUCGCUUCCCACAGCGCUGGGAGCCUCUGGCUCUCCCAUCCCUGGGGUGCGGCCGAAAGUGUGGGCAGAGCCGCGUCCUCUCGUUUGCCUCGGGGCUGCACCCAGGUGGCCUCCCCCGCUGUCCUGCGUGGUGACAAACCGCCUCCCCUUGAGCCCCCGCCUCGGCCAGCCGCGUGUGCUCGGUUCCCCGGUGCCUGUGCUGCGGGGGGCAGGGACGAGGCGCCCUGCGGGGACCGUAUCUCUGCCACAAGGACAAGGGCAGCGGCUGGAGCCUUGCGGCGGGAGGACACCGCGCUCCGGGCUCCUCCUUGGGGGUGCCCCGCAGUUCGGGUGUCGGUGCGCUCGGUGCUCCUCGGGAGAGGCCGCGCACCCAGCCAGGGCCACGGGGCACCGGGGAAAGCGGCCCCGGGGCUGGAGCAGCAGCUCUACCGGGGCUGAUCGGGCGGGGGAAGGGGCUGGGGGGAGCGGGCACCGCCUCCCGCUCGGGCCGCCCCGUCGGUGCCGCAGGUGCGGCCGGCGCGGCUCCUUUAAGGCACCGGCACCGCCCUCCCCCCGGCUGCCCCCUCCCGCUGCCGGGAGCCGCCGGCCGGAGCGCUGCAGCUGGCAGCCGGUGAGGGCCAGCCAGCCCGGGUGGAGCGAUGUCGGAGGCUGUGGACCUGUCCUUCCUGUCGGACGUGGAGAGAGAGCUGAUCCUGCAGGUCCUGCAGCGCGACGAGGAGCUCCGCAAGGCAGAGGAGAGGCGGAUCAGGCGCCUGAAGAAUGAGCUGCUGGAGAUCCGGCGCAAGGGAGCCAAGCGGGGCAGCCAGCGCUACAGCGAGCGGACCUGCGCCCGCUGCCAGCAGAGCCUGGGCCGCGUCAGCCCCAAGGCCAACACCUGCCGGGGCUGCAACCACUUGGUGUGUCGGGACUGCCGCUCCUGCAGCCCCAGCGGCUCCUGGCGCUGCAAAGUCUGCACCAAGGAGGCUGAGCUGAAGAAGACCACAGGUGACUGGUUCUAUGACCAGAGGGUGAACCGCUUCGCCAACCACCUGGGCAGCGACAUGGUGCGGCUGUCCCUGCGGCACAGGCCCACAGCCAGCAAAAGAGAGACUGUGGGACAAACCCUCCUGCAGAAAGCCCAGCUCAGCGAGCCUAAGAGCUCCUCUGCAGUCCGGCAGCCAAGCCCCCCUGCACCCCGGGAGGAGUCCAGUUUGUUUCCAGAUGCCUCAGACCCUCGGGAUGGCAAAAGCGACACAGAAUCCAUGGAAAACAUGAGCCUGGACAGCUACAGACCUAGUCCUGCUGAUGUGGAGGGCAGGAGGAACUCCCUGGAGAGAGCCAUCCCUGGAAAACAGGUUGUUGGGCCAGCAGGACCUGCUUCCUGCAGCCUGACCCUCCCUCUCCGCUCCAAGAGCGCGCUCUCUGACGGACGGGAUGCCACCGUGGGGACCCGCAGCAGCACCUUGGUGGACGAGCAUGAAAUGAUAUUCAAGAAGAACCCCCGGCGGGUGGUGAGGCCUGCGGACUACACCAAGUCCGUGAUCGACCUGCGCCCCGAGGACCUUGUGGGGGAAGGUGGCUCUCUGGGGGACAGGAGCAAGUCAGUCCCUGGCCUCAACAUGGAGCUGGAGGAGGAGGAGGAGGACAUCGAUAACCUGGUGGAGAUCCACCGGCAGCGGGUGGCCCGGGGCAGCAUGCGCAGCGGCACCUCCUCGAGCACACUGGGGAGCAUGGUCAGCAUUUACAGCGAGGCCGGCGACUUCGGCAGCGUGGCUGUCACCGGGGGCAUCUCCUUCUCCCUGAGCUACGAGCAGAAGACACAGACCCUGUUCAUUCACGUGAAGGAGUGUCGCCAGCUGGCCUUUGGGGACGAGGGCAGGAGGCGCUCCAACCCGUACGUGAAGACUUACCUCCUGCCCGACAAAUCCCGGCCAGGGAAGCGCAAGACGACCAUCAAACGCAACACCAUCAAUCCCCUGUACAACGAGCUGCUGAAGUAUGAGAUUAGCAAGUCCCUGCUGCUGGCCAGGACGCUGCAGUUCUCGGUGUGGCACCACGAUCGCUUCGGCCGCAACACGUUCCUGGGGGAGGCAGAGAUCCCCCUGGGCGCCUGGAACUUCGAGAGCCACCUGGAGGAGUUCCUGCCCCUGCAUGGCAAGAUUGGGGCAGAUGCUGCUGCUCUCCACCAGUACAAGGGGGAGCUGGUUGUCUCCAUGAAGUACAUCCCAUCUGCCAAGCAUCCUGGGGCUGGGAAUGGCAGGAAAGGCAAAACAGGGGAAGGGGGUGAGCUCCAGGUCUGGAUCAAAGAAGCCAAGAACCUCACAGCAGCCAAGUCUGGAGGGACCUCAGACAGCUUUGUCAAGGGCUACCUCCUGCCACACAAAAACAAAGCCUCCAAGAGGAAGACGCCUGUGGUGAAGAAGACCCUGAACCCUCACUACAACCACACCUUCGUGUACAACGGGGUCAAGGCCGAGGAGCUGCAGCACAUCUGCCUGGAGCUGACGGUCUGGGACCGGGAGCCGCUGUCCAGCAACGACUUCCUGGGGGGGGUCCGGCUGGGGGUGGGCACUGGCAUGAGCAACGGGCAGGCCGUGGACUGGAUGGACUCCACGGGCGAGGAGCUGAACCUGUGGCAGAAGAUGUGCCAGUACCCGGGCUCCUGGGCAGAGGGGACGCUCCAGCUGCGCUCCACCAUGGCCAAGCUGGGGCCGUAGGCUGUGGCACCGGGGCUGGCACCGCUGUGGGAGCCACGCUCGCUGCACAGCCUGACAGGGCAGCCAAACGUGUGUUGGGUUUUAUUUUUCUUACACUUUAAUAAACAUGACCGUCUCUAAACAGG